AUGAUAUUUCCAUCAUUACAAUAUAAGUCACCAAUUGUUCAUCGUUCCAUAUCGGAAAAUCGUAUAACUACUGAUGAAAAAACUCUUAUAAUAGUUGAUGAUCCUGACUUGAAAUCAACAAAAUUUGGUACUAUAAAAAUUGGUAUUCGUUAUCUUAUUCAUAGUUCAGUUUUAUCUGUAACAGUAUAUGCAUGCAAAGAACUUAUGAAUGUUCAUCAACGGAAUUUACCGGAUCCAUAUGUACGUCUUUAUUUAAUACCGGAUUUCAAACACGAUAAAAAGAAAACAAAAUCUAUUCAUGAUACACUUAAUCCAACCUAUGAUGCUUUAUUUGAAUGGCAAGCAUCAUUAGCGAAAAUACGUCGACAACGUCUGUAUUUAAGUAUCAGAAAUAAUUCACCUUUAUUUAAACAAGAGCGAACAUAUAUGGGUGAUCUUCAAAUUGAUUUAUCAAAUAUGGAUCCAGAAAAAAAAAGUAUUGCUUGGUAUGCAUUACAACAGUCAAAUACAAGCGGUGGUGGCAUUAUAAAAGUUAAAGAUGAUACAUUAGAAUCAAAUGAAUAA